AUGGAGCGGACCCUGAUGGAGCGGAUCCCGCGGGAGCGGACCCCGAUGGAGCCGAUCCUGCGGGAGCGGAUCCUGAUGGAGCGCAUCCCGCAGGAGCGGACCCCGAUGGAGCGGAGCCCGCAGGAGCGGAUCCCGAUGGAGCCGAUUCCGAUGAAGCAGAUCCCGAUGGAGCGGACCCCGAUGGAGCGGACCCCGAUGGAGCGGAUCCCGCAGGAUCGGAUCCCAAUGGAGCGGACCCCGAUGGAGCGGACCCCGAUGGAGCGGACUCCGAUGGAGCGGACUCCGAUGGAGCGGACCCCGAUGGAGCGGACCCCGAUGGAGCGGAUCCCGCAGGAUCGGAUCCCGAUGGAGCGGACCCCGAUGGAGCGGACCCCGAUGGAGCGGACCCCGAUGGAGCGGACUCCGAUGGAGCGGACCCCGAUGGAGCGGACCCCGAUGGAGCGCAUCCCGCAGGAGCGGAUCCCAAUGGAGCGGACCCCGAUGGAGCGGACUCCGAUGGAGCGGACCCCGAUGGAGCGGACCCCGAUGGAGCGGAGCCCGCAGGAUCGGAUCCCGCAGGAGCGCAUCCCGAUGGAGCGGACUCCGAUGGAGCAGAGCCCGCAGGAUCGGACCCCGCAGGAUCGGAUCCCGCAGGAGCGGACCCCGAUGGAGCGGAUCCCACAGGAUCGGACCCCGAUGGAGCGGACUCCGAUGGAGCGGAGCCCGCAGGAUCGGAUCCCGCAGGAGCGGACCCCGAUGGAGCGGAGCCCGCCGGUACCACCCGGCGGUCCGGCCGCCGCGGCCGCGCCGCGCCCCGCCCGCUCGCUGCUCUCUGGGCGCUGA